AUGCGUGCUCAAGAAAUGUUUGGCUAUGCAGUUGUGAUCUCGACGGCUCUCCUAUGUGAAGGUGAUCCUACGACCACUUCUACCCGAAAACCUUCGACGGCGUCACCAGGAAUGAGCAAGGCUGCGGCCGACGACGUCGAGGGGGUGGACGCGCAACUUCUCACCUGGCUCAGCGAGCAGAAAGACGAGAUACCCGACAAGGAAGUUGACACUGAAGAACUCGAAACUACCCAGCAGAGACAUAGAAGCAGGGCAGGAUAUUGUUCGAAAUACAAGGUCAACUUUGGUAACUACUGCAAAAGUGGAAACGUGGACAACCUGAACCAUGUGCUUCUACAGUUCUGUACCAGCUACACACAUCACUGUGAAGUCGUUAGGAAGCAUUUUUUUCAUUUAUCAUGUGGUGACGGAGUGGAAAUGCGUUUACGCCAUUUUCCACAAAUUGUUGCCUUGCUCUUAAAUUUUUCUGGAUUUACUAUUCAAAGUAUGAGAAUGACGUAUGAAGCGCAGAAAGUUUCCCAGUACUGCGAGAAGUACUUGGAGAACUUCAAUUUUUACUGUGCUGGGCAAAGUUCUCCUGAAUAUGAGAAGUUCUGUCGCUCGUUUCGGCAGAAUUGUCCGCAAAAAGUCGGCUCACUGAAGGAAUCGGGAUCGUUUCUGGGCGGAGAAGGAAAGGUCGAUGAGUCGGAAGGUGAGGGCACUCCAACGAGUAGCGAUACACUGUACCUCUAUAAGGGCACUCGUGAAGAUUACUGCAACAAAUUCUCCGUGCACUAUGAGUUCUACUGCAAAGGGAGUGGCGUCAACACAGAAAUCACGACCAAGUUUUGUCCUUUCUACAAGAACAGCUGCAAAGAGCAUUUAGAUAGACGCCCAUGUACCGCCGACUGUGACCAACGCAUCUUCCCACACUGCACACAGUCUUGUAAAUGCGACUACGCGUACCCUUCAGUUCAGAAAUUUUGCAAUCCUCCUCCACUACCUCUAUUUCUAAACACAUGCAGAGACGAUCCACUGCGUGACAGCGUCGACUGGGCUUCUUCAAUGGUUUUGAAUCCGGAUGACUUCGAGCCCUCAUCUAAGAGAUUGCGACGGAAUGAGCGUGCUUCUGAUUUUCAUCAUCGGCAUGCAAAACGGCGUGUUUCUCGAAAAGCGAAGGCUAGAAAGGAUUCCCGAAAGAGGGACGACCCAACUGAUGGUGGAACAGGCAGCACUGGUCGAGCUAAAGACAUACCAGUGGUGCCCAGCGAUAGUGUGUUCGCCAAUGCACUGCAGCAGUACGGAGCUUUCACUGAUAGCCAAGGCAUUCUGCACAGACCUCACAGCACAUCACCAUUCACCAAACCAGGUCUGUGGGAAGCUAACCCGGAUAAUCCACACAACAGGGACCAUGCGAACAAGUUUUUCUACCGUCCGGAAUCCUUCAACGCUGAUUGGUUGAAUGGGCAGUUGGCGUGGGGAGCCCAUUUUGCUGUACCAGCUGUUGGUGUGGGAGGAACCGAUGGCUUCAGUUCUCUCUACUUUCCUAAUGCUGGAUCCUUUCUUAAUAUUCCCGACGAUUAUGACUAG